UGGCGGGAUGGCGCUGGCGCGGGCCUGGAAGCAGAUGUCCUGGUUCUACUACCAGUACCUGCUGGUCACGGCGCUGUACAUGCUGGAGCCCUGGGAGCGCACCAUGUUCAAUUCCAUGCUGGUCUCCUUUGUGGGGAUGGCUCUGUACACAGGAUACGUCUUCAUGCCACAGCACAUCAUGGCAAUCCUGCACUACUUUGAAAUCGUACAGUGACCAAGAUGUGACUUGAACCAGGCUGUUCCUUAGGAAAGAAUCAUCUUCUGAAGUUAGAAGGAUACUUCAUCAGCGAUCAUGAGAAACUCCUAGAUGUCAAUACAACCAACCUACUGAAUGAAUAUGAAGACUAAAAUUCAUGAGUGGAACAGGAAAUGAAUCCUGGCUCAUGCGUUUUAUGUUCUUUAUUUAUAAUUUUAAAAGAGGCUCUUCUAUACGAGUUUUUGUCUAUUUCAACAUUGUAGUCAUUUGUACUUUGAUAUCAGUAUUUUCUUAACCUUUGUGACUGUUUCAAUAUUAUCCUGUGAAAGCUUUUUCUUAAUGUAACUUCGAGUACAUUUUAAUUGCCUUCAAUUUGUAAAACCCGAAGCGCAUUAGUUGGGCUUUACUGUAAUUCCUAUUUAAUGGCAUAUUCAUCUGCCUGGAUAUAUUUCUACUCUUGACCAAAGUUUUGUAAGAAACAUUACAUGAUUUGGGGUGGGAGAAUGGGGAGGGAUAACAUUUUAUUUGAAAACUAUUUCCAAGAGGCUUACAAGUUUGAACACAGGAGUGUAGAUUUAGCUGUCUAGACUCUUUAACACAUGUGAUUUAAAACUAUGAAAGUAUUUCUUAACAAUACAAAAGGAAGAGCUUGAUAAAGCUUACAAUAAGGAACAUUUCACAUUUUGGAUAUUUAGUUCUUAUGUGGACUCACUUCUGGAAAACUUUGGUGAUCAUUCUUGUGACAAAAGGUAUUUAAUAGCAUUAUUCUGUAAUGCUUUCAUAUUACUGAGUUUUUAGGAAAAAGUACUUGAGUUUUCUCUGAGGAUCAUUGACUAAUAAUGUGCUUCUUUAUGUUUAGUUUUCUAAUUGAUUGUGUUGAGUACAGUGACUGUAUUUGCACAUUGCCAAAGGCAGGAAGAGAUGAAUUGUAGUUUAAAUGGUAGCAAAAAGAAA